AGCAGAUCAUUUUGAAAUAUUUCAUUUGUCAUUUUUUGUGUAUUCUAAGGGAACGUUAUAAAACGAUCAUAACGGCUCACCUCCCUGCACGCAUGCAUGGUACAUCCCCUUCGCGGCUAUUUUCCUUCAUGUUUUGUAUAUGAACCAAUUGCAUACAAAUAAAAUCCAAGAGAGCCUGUUUUCCUUUCUCAGAAACACCCCCUCUCCGUCAUCAACAAGCUCCUUUGAGAGAAGAAGAAUGAGAAAUACACAAAAUCCUGAAGUAUUUUUAGACAUAUCCAUUGGUGGGAAUCUUGCAGAAAGAAUUGAAAUAGAGCUUCUUGCAGAUCAGGCCCCUAAGACUGCACAGAACUUUCUAGCGCUUUGCGCAGGUGACAUGGGACUGGGAAAGCAUACGGGAAAGCCUAUGUACCUCAAAGGGUCAACUUUUUAUAAUAUAGUGAGGGGAAAAUGGGCUGAGGGUGGAGAUUUCUCUGAGGAAAAUGGAACUGGUGGAGAGAACAUAUAUGGAAUACCAUUUUUUGAUGAGGGCGAGAGACUCAAACAUGAUGCACCUUAUCUUCUCACAACGGCAAGUGAUUAUCAUAAAUAUACAAUCGGAUCCUGUUUCUUUAUCACCUUCAAUGAGCUACAUGAACUCGAUGGGAAACAUGUUGUGUUUGGAAGAGUUGUGAGAGGCUAUGAAACAGUGCAGAAAAUUGAACAGGUCCAAACAUUUCCUGAUGGAAGGCCCGAACAUCUUGUCAUCAUUACAGCAUGUGGAGUAUCUCCUAAAAAAAGAAGUCUUAAUUCAAUCUUGAUAAGGGAAGAUUCCAGUUUGCCUUCUGAAGGAAGACAUUCGAGAAAAAGAAAGUCAAAAAGACACGGAGUUGUUGAGCACCACUCUGAAUCCAGGCAUGAUCAAAAUCAGAAAGGUCAUUCCAAUCAGUCAUCUCCAAGCCAUUACCAAAGCAAGUCAAGAGAAAAAACUUCCCCUGGAUGGAAUUAUGAAGGUGACGGGAAUAGUGCCAAGGAAUCAGCCCCUAGGCAUUCAAGGAGCAAAUUGAGAGACAAGACUUCCCAAGGAUCCCGAUGGCCUAGUCCAAUCCAGAGAAGUGAUUCCAAGCACUCACCUCGGAGGCGUAACCGGAGCAAUUCAAGAGACAGAACAGGCCAUCAAUGGCGUAUUCGAAGUGAGAUAAGUGAUGCAAGGAACCGAUACAGGAGCAAGAGUGGCCGAAGCAGGAAAAACUUGCAAAAAGCACCUGGUUCACAUGCACAUGACCGUGGUCACAGCAAGCAACAAAAUCACCGUCCAGAUCCUGAAACGGAGUUUCCUAGCUUGAGUAACAGUAUGCAAAUGCGACUCCGUCUCCCUGGAGAUGAUGCACAGCCUUAAGAUUGGAGUUCUAACUAAUUGAAUGAGCUAUUACAAGCAUGAGAUUGUCCUGUUGAUGAUGUACAAACUGUUGAAGAUCAAUUGCAAUUUCCACUUGGUCCUAAA